AUGGGGAAGUUUUUCAAGAAUGCUAGAGUGUUUGUUGCGGUCUCUUUGUUAGUAAUGGGAACAAUAGAAGGACGAAGACUUGAAGGAAGGGCUGGCCAAAAUGAUGGAAGAUAUGGUGAAGAUGGCGGGGUUAGUAGUUGGAAAGAUAAUGGUGUUUGGAGCAGUGUAGGUUUCGGGAAUGAUGUAGGUGGCGGAAGUGGUAUUGGUAGAGGCGGAGGUGGAAGUACUGGUGUAGGUAGUGGCAUAGGCAAAAGCGUUGGCAUUGACAGCGGUAUAGGUGGAGGUACUGGUGUCAGGAGCGGUGUAGGUGGUGGUAGAGGUGUUGGGACAGGUACAGGAGGUGGUAGUGGCGUAGGGAGCGGUGUAGGUGGUGGUAGUGGUGUUGGGGCUGGUGUAGUUGGAGGCACCGGUGUCGGGAGCGGUGUUAGUGGUGGUGUUGAGAGCGGUGUAGGUGGAGGUACUGGUGUCGGGAGCGGUGUAGGUGGUGGUAGAGGUGUUGGGACAGGUAUAAGAGGUGGUAGUGGUGUAGGGAGCGGUGUAGGUGGUGGUGCAGGUGCAAGCGGAGGUACUGGUGUUGGGAGCGGUGUGGCAGGUGGUGCUGGUGUUGGGAGCGGUGUAGGUGGCGGUAGAGGUGUUGGAAGUGGUGUGGGUGGCGAUAGAGGUGUUGGGAGUGGUGCAGGUGGUGGUAUAGGAACUGGUGUAGGGGGAGGUGCUGGUAUUGGGAGUGGUGUAAGUGGUGGUACCGGUGUUGGCACUGGUGUAGGGGGAGGCACUGGUAUUGGGAGUGGUGUAGGCGGAGGUACUGGAGUAGGAAGUGGUGUAGCAGGUGGUAUUGGCAUUGGGACCGGGGUAGGUGGAGGUAUUGGCAUUGGGACCGGGGUAGGUGGAGGUACGGGCAUUGGGACCGGGGUAGGCAGAGGUACGGGCAUUGGGAGCGGUGUAAGUGGUGGUGGUGGUGGUGUUGGUGUUGGAAGCGGUGUAGGUGGUGGUGUAGGGGGAGGCGUAGGUGUUGGUAGUGGUGUUAAGGGUGGGAGAAGUGCAGGCAAAGGUGGCAAGGGGGGUGCAGGUGUGGGAGUGUGUGAAGGUAGCAAAGGUACAGGUACUAAAGAUGGUGCAUGUGCUGGUGGCAUUUGGGGAGGAAGUGGGUUUGGCGGUGGAUAUGGAGGCGGGAAUGAAGGUGGCAGAGGAGGAUUCGGUGGUAGUUAUGGUGAAGAUGGGUUUUAA